AUGCCUUCCAACUUAUCCAACAUCACUGUCGAGGGUUUCCCAGGACCGGCCAUCUCUCUGGGAGUCUUCCUGAUAUUGAAGCUUAUGUUUAACGGAUGCCUGCUUUUUGUCUUCCUAAACAACCGCCGUCUACGCACGCCCUUUACGGUGUAUUUAAUUAACCUGCUCCUCUCCAACAUCUUCAUUACCCUGGCGGAUCCCUUUUUCAUGCUGGAAUCCUGGCAAGUACGCUGGUACUUCACAUCGAUACUGUGCAUUAUAAAAAUGUAUCUGGACCAUAUUGGCAGUGCAGUGACUCUUCACGCCCACCUUCUGAUCACGCUUAACCGCAUGUGGGCCUUGACCUUUCCCCUGCACUACCGCAGUCACCAUUCCACGAAAACCGCUGUGCUGAUCUGCGCCACGAUGUGGACGUACUGUCAUGUUUUACUAUCACCGUUAUUAUUGCAAGAUUUUCUAUACUACCGACCCGAUAUGCAGACUGCCACCGAAUGCGAGGUGGUCAGCAGCGCCCAACCGAUUCUGCGCAGAUUCUUGAAAAUCUGGAUCAAUACAGCCCCGAUGUUGGUAAAUGUGUCAGCGUAUCCGUAUUUAUUAUGGAAAACCAAGGACAGAACGGUUCCGUCACCACUGCCCCGCGGCAGAGGACACUUCGCGGAAAUCUGGAAAGAGAAGGCUGCAUCCGGAGAAAACCGGCAUGCUUUCUGGAUCCUUACCGGUUUAACUGGCAGUAUAGUAAUCUGCUGGAGCCCAGCCAAGUUUCUUAAUAUUUUGAGGAUUUUUCGGGAUGUAACGGUGCCGGAAUCGGUGCGAAUUGUGCUGGAUGAUGUCUUAUAUUCCUUGCAGCUGAUAGUGGAUCCCAUACUCUUUACAUUAUCGUUACAACGCCUGCGUGCAACGGUCAAAUUUACAUUACACCGAUUGUGCAGCUGCCAGUAG